ACUAUUCUUUCUCCAAAAUAGGUAGUCGAUGUUAUAUGGGUUUUAGCUGACAUAAGAAAAAAGGAUAUAUGACCAAGUCUAACGUUUUAAAAGGGUUCUGAACAAGAAUAGUAUGAUUACAUGAUCAAUUCAGUCGGUCAGUCCAUCUAGACUUUACGUGUGCUUGGAAACAAGUGCUUCAGAUAUCACUUUGAAAAUGGAUUUCUGAAAGGUCUCUUUUGAUCUUUUUUGACAAAGUUGCAAUAUAUGUUUUUUCUUCGUUCCAAGAAUAUUAAUAACUUCUUGGAUGAGACAAGGAAAGUUAGUUUUGUACACAACAAGACAAGUUAGCCUAAACUCUUAAGCCAUUGUCCAUUUGAAUUGUCUAAAAGAUGUAAACGUAAUAGUCAGCAUAAAACACACUUGACCGGCGAUUAAAUAGGGACGAGAUGUAUACAUCAUGUGGGUGUAACACUAACACAUGGUUUUCAUUAAAUUAUGCACAUAUUUAAUUUUGUUAGUUGGAGAGAUCUACACAAAUAUAAAAGUCAAUAGAUCUACUAUUAUUCAUAGCUGGCCUACUUACUUAAACAAACACCAUCAGAAAGAUUCAAGAACACACCUAACCAACAAAAUACGAUCAUGUUUAGAGCCAUGAGCACUAGGAAGAUCCACGGGGGCUACAAAAAGCUCGGGGAAGAAGAACCUAAUUUGAAGAGGGUCUCGAGCGUUCCGGGUAGUGUUUAUGGUAAUUCAAGAAACCCGGUUCAAGAGGUGAAGAAGACGCCGAUGGUGAAACCAACCGGUGGUUCUGUUCAUCCUUUGCUAAGUUUCUUCGACGUUCGUUUCCAAAAGAAGAAGAAGAAAGCAACGAAGAAGAACUUGGCGACGGCAAAACCGGAGUUUGCUAGGUAUAUGGAGUAUUUGAAGGAAGGAGGUGUGUGGGAUCCGAAUUCUAACGCACCUGUUAUUCACUACAAAUAGUUUCGAUGAAGGAAGAUGAAUAAAGACGUUUGUAUAUUGUUGUUUUAAUAUAUUAUACAAUCUAUGAGGAAACAAAACAACAACUAGUGAUCUGGUUUAAAAGAUGGAUCCAACUAUGGAUUUGUCAUGUUUUGCGAAUUACUGAAUUACAAAGUUAUUUUUGGGGGCUAAACUGUAUUAAAAAGUUGAGUGUUUAGUACACGUUCAAUGAGUUUUCAAGAAAAUGAUAAAUACAAGA